AUGGCAUCCUCUGGCAACACACGGUGGGGUCAAGCUGAACCAUCAGCGAACUCCUGGCGAAGCCAAUCAUCUUUCUCAUCUUCUUCUUCAUUAUCAUCGUCAUUACCAUCCGACUCCUGGCGACGCCGAACCUCCUCCUCCUCUUCUUCUUCUUCGUCAUCAUCCGACUCCUGGAGAAGCCGACCCUCCUUCUCCUCUUUACCAUCAUCAUCGUCACCACCAAAGUCCCAGAACUCAUGGGCAAACGCAAAGAACUGGCGGAGUGGUUCCCCGCCAAAGUCCCUCGACAAGCCGGUGACGACACCGGAUUUCGACAAGCUCACAGAAGGGCAAGUUUUAUACCUCGGAACGCCUCCUCCAAGCUCCAUCUUCUGGCAACGCCAGGAUGGCUCCUCUCCAGAGGAACAUCCUGUGGUGGUUGUCGGAAAGUACCGGGGCAAGAACGGAGAAGAAUGCGUGAAGUUCCGGCUGGUGACGAGUUUCGGCGGCCAGCGGCUUCAAAACAGGAAGCCGUAUUGGCAGUGGAAGUUUUUUGUGCUGUGUGAGAACUCAAAGGAGCAGGCCCAAGCGGAAGAGGUCCGCGUGGCCAAAGUGGCAUCCGGUUGUGACGCGUUCAAGAAACGCUGUUACGUCAAUCUCAGCCCAAACUCGCUUUACCAUAUCGAGUACAGGCACUUGGGUAUUUUCGCUACCCAGCCAAACAUCAGGUUCGACAGCCUGUCAACAAGCGAGAUGAAGAAUGCUCCAGCGAACUGCUAG